UGCAGAGGGUGAUGGGAGUUGCCUGUGCCUUAGGAAACACUUUUUAGGCGCUUGUUUUGUACUAUCACUGGAACGUACCGCGGCAACACUCCCAAUUUCACAACCAGCGUGAGUCAGCUGCAGCAGGACAGUGAGGGGAAGGUGGAUGAGGAGGGCUCCUUAAUCCCCGGGGCAGGCAUGACAGAGAGGUGACUAGAGAACCCUAGAUGCGGUUCCUGCCCCCUCAGGACAGGUGAGCGCCAAGCCAGGCUGGCCGCUGGGUGGAGCUGCAUGAACCACCCUCCAGGGCACCCUGUCGCCAGUGCACAGAUAGAGCCUUAUGUAGCGCAAGUUGGCCUCACACUUAUCUUCCAACCUCCACAACCCAAGUACUUGGAUUACAGGCCUGCACCAGCGCAAUCAGCAAAUGAUUACAAUUUUGGACUCAUUGGGAUAAAAAAUACUAUUUUGUCUAGGUAUUGGCAGCCACCUGUGCCCUUGCCAAUGAAGUAUAUCCUGGUCACUGGUGGGGUCAUCUCAGGUAUUGGUAAAGGGGUUAUCGCCAGCAGCAUUGGGACCAUUCUCAAGUCAUGUGGACUCCGAGUUACUGCCAUCAAAAUUGAUCCCUAUAUUAACAUCGAUGCUGGAACUUUCUCACCUUAUGAGCAUGGUGAAGUAUUUGUUUUAAAUGAUGGUGGAGAAGUUGAUUUGGACCUUGGAAACUAUGAAAGAUUCUUGGACAUUAAUCUUUAUAAAGACAACAACAUCACCACUGGGAAGAUAUAUCAGCAAGUGAUCAAUAAGGAGAGGUGUGGUGAUUACCUGGGGGAAACUGUUCAAGUUGUUCCUCAUAUUACUGAUGCUAUCCAGGAGUGGGUUAUGAAGCAAGCCAAGGUGCCUGUGGAUGGGAAUGAGAAAGCUCCCCAGAUAUGUGUUAUUGAGCUGGGAGGCACCAUUGGAGAUAUCGAAGGAAUGGCAUUUGUGGAAGCAUUUCGUCAAUUUCAGUUUAAAGCAAAAAAAGAGAAUUUCUAUAAUAUUCAUGUCAGCCUUGUACCAGAGCCCAGUGCUACUGGAGAACAAAAAUCCAAACCUACACAGAACAGUGUCCGUGCCCUGAGGGGGUUGGGCUUGUCUCCAGAUCUGAUUGUUUGCCGUAGUUCAAAACCCAUUGAGAUGGCUGUGAAAGAGAAGAUUUCUAUGUUUUGUCAUGUGGAUCCUGAACAGGUCAUCUGUAUCCAUGAUGUUUCUUCCAUCUACCAAGUGCCUAUCCUUUUGGAAGAGCAAGGAGUGAUUAAAUAUUUUAAAGAGAGGUUGGACCUGCCCAUCAGUAAUUCAAAUAAUUUGCUUUUCAAGUGGAAAGCCAUGGCUGACAGGUAUGAAGGAUUGCAGAAAAUAUGCUCCAUUGCCCUGGUUGGUAAAUAUACCAAACUCAGGGACUGCUAUGCCUCUGUGUUCAAGGCACUGGAACAUUCAGCCUUGGCCAUCAAUCACAAAUUGAAUGUGAUGUACAUAGACUCCAUCGAUCUGGAGCCAAUCACCAAAGCCGAGGAUCCUAUGAAAUUCCAUGAAGCUUGGCAGAAGCUGUGCUUAGCUGAUGGUAUUCUUGUGCCUGGAGGCUUUGGAAUGCGAGGAACACUGGGAAAACUCCAUGCAAUUUCUUGGGCAAGGACAAAGAAGAUUCCAUUUCUGGGAAUUUGCCUUGGGAUGCAACUGGCAGUGAUUGAGUUUGCAAGAAACUGUCUGAACUUGAAAGAUGCUAAUUCUACAGAAUUUGAUCCAGACACUCCAGUCCCAUUGAUAAUUGACAUGCCUGAACACAACCCUGGCAACAUGGGAGGAACAAUGCGACUGGGAUUAAGACGGACCAUUUUCACAACUGAAAAUUCCAUACUGAGGAAGCUUUAUGGUGAUGUUCCUUAUGUAGAAGAAAGACACCGGCACCGUUAUGAGGUGAACCCUAAACUGAUCAAGCAAUUUGAGAAGAAAGACCUUUGUUUUGUUGGUCGCGAUGUAGAUAGGAAGAGGAUGGAAAUUAUUGAAUUGUCAAAUCAUCCAUAUUUCGUUGGUGUCCAGUUUCAUCCUGAGUUUACUUCUAGACCAAUGAAGCCUUCCCCUCCAUACCUAGGACUCUUACUUGCAGCUACUGGGAGCCUAGAUAACCAUCUUCAACACAUCAGCAGACUCUUGCUCAGGUUUUCCUUGUCUCCUCAUCCUUCUAACUCUGAUGGACCAGACUGACUCCAUCUUAAGGAUAGAAGCCAUUUUGUAAUAAGGUCAGAACAAGUUCAUUUCUGUUUGCUGCCAAAUUCAAGCUUGACUGUGCUUUAACCUGUUCCUGGAAUUUGACAUGCUCCCCACCCUCUGGAGUUUGACUCACACCUUGAAUAUACCCUGAUAAGAUGUUCUGCCAAAUAAAUUUGAAAUGCUCAUCCAACUUUCUAUGUCACCUCUGAAAAUCUCCCAAACCUUGGAAACCCCCAUAGCCUUGCAGUUUUGGAGGACCAUAUAAACCCUACCUUUUCCUAUAUUUGAAUGCUGUUUUCUCGAACCCUACAAUAGGUAGAUAGCCCUGUGUGACACACAAUAAAGCUUGUUCAA